CGUCCAAACACCAAUUGAUGUAAUAGUUUUCUUGCAAAUAAAUUAGAGUACCAAGUCUAUUAAAACACCAGGUAUCAAGUGUUUUUCUUCCCGCCCACCGCCUGAGAGAAAACCAGAAAGGAAGAAACCAUGGUGGCGUCGUCGUCUUCAAUGGUGUCUGUGUAUCCUCUUUCAAGCUACACUUUCGGCACAAAAGAACCCAAGCUUGAGAAAGAUACUUCUGUUGCGGACCGACUUGCUCGAAUGAAAGUCAAUUACUACAGAGAAGGCAUGAGGACCAGUGUGGAAGGCAUUCUGCUGGUCCAAGAGCAUAAUCAUCCACACAUUCUUCUGCUACAAAUUGGAAACACUUUCUGUAAGCUUCCUGGUGGUCGUUUGAAGCCGGGUGAAAAUGAAAUUGAAGGACUGAAGAGAAAACUUUCCAGUAAACUCGGUGCUAACUCGAGUGCUCAUCAACCUAAUUGGCAGAUUGGCGAGUGCGUUGCUAACUGGUGGAGGCCAAAUUUUGAAACCGUAAUGUAUCCGUACUGCCCCCCUCACAUCACUAAACCCAAGGAAUGCAAAAAACUUUUCAUGGUUCACUUGCCAGAGCGAGAAUACUUUGCUGUACCAAAGAAUCUGAAACUGUUGGCUGUGCCGCUCUUUGAGCUUUAUGACAAUGUCCAGAGAUACGGACCCGUAAUCUCCACAAUACCUCAGCAACUGUCAAGAUUCCAAUUCAACAUGAUCUCUCCUUGAUGUUCGUUCGGACAGGGGAAUGCAUUAUGCCAUGGGAGUUUCUUAUUCUGGGAUAGCAGUAGAAUUUUUUGCUAUGGAAGCGCAUAUGUCUGCAGUUUCCGUAGCAUUAAUAUCUGAAAUCAUCUAAUUAUACUGUACUUGCAGUCAGAUUGAGAGUUUCAUUGUUUUCGUAGGAUCUGAUGUUGAUGUGUAUUCUCGGAUUUAUGGACCUUUUUCUGUAGAAUGAUUGUUUUAGGCUUAGAUUUCUUUUGUAUUGUUUUGUUUUCAUUUGACUUAGUUUAAACGUAAUAGUAAUGGCACAUUUUAUUUUGGCUUUGUUUCCA